AUGUGAGCAGUCCGGGACCAAUGAGCCGUCUCCAUGGCCAGGCUGCCCUCUGCGUCAGUGCAGCUGCUUGCAAUGAAACGGGGCCCGAGCUGCUGCUUUCCCACACCGAGCCCAUGGCCCGCCUGGUGAACGUGAUAUGACAGCUGCUGCCCCGCUCCGCACUCCUGCCAGGGGGCACAUCAUCAUGUUCGUCUACGACAACAGCUUGGAGGAAAUCAACAAGAGCAUGGAGGGGCUGGUGGGCGCUGGCAACUUCGCCGCCAAUUCCUGCAGAAAUAUAAUGGCUCAUUCGACCCUGGGAGGCCACCCCUCUAAUUUAAUGCACGGACCUAGUUAUUCGACGGUGGACAUGCACGGGUCUGGGAUGGCAGAAGCUAACAAACAAUGCAGCCCUUGUUCUGCGGUCCCCCAAGGGUCACCAACGACACCUUUACCUUAUGCGUAUUUUGGUACCGGGUACUAUCCUUGCCGCAUGGGAAGAGGAUCUCUAAAAUCCUGUCCCCAGCCAGCCUCUCUGCCUACUUACCAGACAGAAAAAUAUAUGGAUACUCCUGCUGUAAGUGAAGAAUAUCAAAGCAGAGCCAAGGAAUUCGCGUUUUACCACGGCUACCCCGCCCCCUACCAGCCAGUGGCUAGUUACCUGGACGUUUCUGUUGUUCAGACUAUCGCUGGGCCUGGAGAGCCCAGACACGACACUCUGUUGCCGAUUGACACUUAUCAGUCUUGGACUUUAGCGAACGGCUGGAACAAUCAGAUGUGCUGUCCAAAGGAACAGCCGCAGCCCGAGCAUAUUUGGAAAUCAGCGCUGGCAGAUGCAGUAGGCCAGCCACAGCAAGACAUCAGCCCCUUCCGUCGUGGCAGGAAAAAGAGGGUCCCUUACACUAAGGUCCAGCUGAAGGAACUGGAGAAGGAGUACGCAAGCAGCAAAUUUAUCACCAAAGAAAAGCGAAGGAAGAUCUCUACGGCGACCAAUUUGUCAGAAAGGCAAAUCACAAUUUGGUUCCAAAACAGGAGGGUUAAAGAAAAGAAAAUUGUUGCUAAAAUCAAAACCAACAGUUCAUAGAAAAAAGGGAAAGACAACAGCUGAACUUUACGUGCCAGGGGCCAUAAAGGAGGACCCAGUGUGGAAGCUUUUGUACAAAUCUUUAAAAUGAAAUGAAAGGAAAAUCCAGUUGUAAGCUUAAUCAUUUUUUUGUUAUUGUGAACCCAGACCGAGACUGUCUCUGAAGGUGUAAAUAAGGUACCGUGUAAAAUAAAGUGUAAUGUCAUCUGGCAUUUCAGUACGAACACACAAAGAGAGCGGCCCAGAGGGCUGACUAAGCGAAAUAAAGUUAAAAUCUGUAUGUAAGACGACACUAUCUUAUACACAGCACUUCUGACUUUAGUAAAAGGGUAUGUUCCGAACAAAUAACCAAAUAAUGAUAGCAGAGCAGAGACCUGUGGAUAAUAAUCCGCAAUGGCUGCAAUGUAUUUUAUAAAAAAUGUACAAAAAUGUAACAGUUAAAUACUGUAAUAAAGACUGAUCCAUACUCAUUUAAAUAACUCUAAGAGUAACUAUGUAAUUUGAAUAUACUGAAUUAAACAGAAGUAAUUUUUACUAGUAAGUUACUGAUAUCCCUUUUUUAAGCUUUGCAUUUUGCAAUGAUGUUUUGUGACAGAAUUCAGCUUAAAAGGCAAGCAAAUAAAAUAGGGUGCUCUUGGGAAAAUAGCUCAGGAAUUUAUGUAGAAGGAAGUAGAAUUUCAGAACUAUGUUUGUAUUUUGCAUCAAAUCGGUUGAAAAUAUUAAGUAUAUGUUAAAAUAAACAAUAGGGGAUAAACAUUACCUGCGUUUUAACAUAAUAGAAAAGUAAUAUCCAUUAGUAAAAUCACAACAAAACGCAGUUCACAUUUCAGCACUGCAAAUGUAAGAGGGCUUAACAUGAUUACACGUGUGCCAUUUUAAAAACUUUUCCAAAAACUCAACAACAUUUAAACAAAAAUCCAUCUUCUACGCAUUUGGUUCUCGUUUAUACUGUCAAAAUGCACAUGCAAUACCAGCCGAAUAUUUGGCAGACUCUCAAGACUGCCUUUAUUUAUUACUUUUAAUUGUACUUAAUUUACGUUUUGUAUCCACUUUGGUAAAGGCAUGUGGGCAGGUAAAUUAUUACUGAGCUUAAAUAUAAAUAACCCGAGGAAAAUAAUGUAAAUAUUUCGAGAAUUUAGUGGAUUUAGCAACUCCAAAUGCACAAAAACAAAAGGCUCUACACGCACACAUCCCCUCUAAACACACACAGAUAGGAGCUUUUCAAAAAAAUGAUGUGCGUUUCCCUUUGUCAGUCUACAUCACCGCUAUUUAGUAAUUAGAUAAAAUGGUAAGCAUGGUGAAGUUUUCCAAAUCAUUUGUACGUGCAUGUAUAGAUGCAUGCCUGAAUUAUACCUAAAACACCGCUUGGAGUUUUGAUACAC